AUUCAGGGGUGACAUGAGACUUCUGGGAGUUGGUUCUGUGUAGAUCCUGAAAACUGAAGGAACACUUUAGACAUCUGGACUAACUACUUUUUUAUUUUGUUGUUUGUUUUUACUGCAAUAGCAACUAUGACAGCAACUAAAUCCGAACUUUCCAACUGGUCAGACUAUUCCACGGAUGAUUACUCAUUGUUAGAAGAGUCAAAUAUUGUGCACAUCAACUCCAGGACUUGGAUAACUUCACCUGUUCAGUCUUCAAGUUCCAAUCCUGCGUUUUCUUCCAGUGGAGUUUCUGGACGAUACUCACACGGAUCCAUGGAAAUGACGCUUGACAAAUUUAUUUCUGUGGGUACAUUUUCAGACAGUUCUAUCAAUGAGAUGGAUGUUGAUGAAAUGCCAGAAGAGGCAAGCAAGCUUGGCAACCCAGGCCCGCAGAAACAUCGGCGCGUGGCUGCAAACGCGAGGGAGCGAAGAAGGAUGCACGGGCUCAACCGAGCAUUUGACAAAUUAAGGAGUGUAAUCCCUUCAUUGGAGAACGAGAAAAAACUUUCUAAAUACGACACUCUCCAAAUGGCACAGAUUUACAUCACUGAACUGUCCGAGAUUCUGGAUGGAGUUGUGCAGCCCGAGAGGAGUUCACGUACAGGAUGCAGCUCUCCUGAUAACCCCACCAAAAGAAAUGCAAUGCAAACCUUCUCGCCAGAAACCACCUUCAACAGCGAUAUCACCUACACAAUGGACUCCCAUCCAGCGCAGAAGAGGCUAAAUGGAGAGCAGGGUAACACUUCUACCAAAGUGGGUCACCUCAUCAUCCUGACGACCCCUAAAUCUGACCUGUCUAUUGGAAAUAAAAGGGCCUCCGCUUCUAACGGAAGUGAUGGGGAGUCCUCACACUACAGUGAUCCCGAGGACGGCCAGAGCAGCAGACAGUGACUCUUAACUGCCAGGAUAUUCUUUCAAAUCAAUUCCAAGGGAAAUGUGUGGGUGUUUUACUGGUCAAUGACAAUUUGCUAUCACUUGUCUGUGUUUUAGAAGACAUGAGGGGCACCAAAAUUGUUGAGUGUUGAGUUUGUAGCCGGUCUUGAAAUGUUGGUAUAUGCUAGAAUGAGAAAGGACAAGUAGCCUAGCAAACACAGUAGGUAUCACCUGCCAUAUUUUAUGAUCCAUAUGAUUAAA